AUGAAAACAUUGCUGUUCAUGAUUUGUGUUGUGUAUACAUUGGCAUCACAUGCUUACUUGUAUCCAUUUAAUGAAAACAAUGCAAAAGAUCUAGAAGGGCUAAAUUAGAAGUAAAUUGCACAAUUGAUCAAAUAUAAUAUUGGGCUAGUUGAACAUGUCUCACAAGAUUAAUAAAAAGCAUAUGAACAAUUGAUAAUAUCCUUUGGUAAGCGUAAUGUCUUGACUCCUACAGAGAUGAAUUAUUUGAUUCUCAUAGAAAGUGAUAAAUUGUUCUCUGGACAAGAAGCCAAGCAAUAAAGAAUUACUGAAGGAUAUGCUUAAAGUUUCAAGGUGCUGGAGAAAGAAUAAAGAUCCAUUAUGGAAACUUUGUUUGGACAUCAAGCUGACUCUUUGAUAUAAAAAGCUAAUGCAUUAUUUAAUAACAACAAUUUGGGUUUCAAAAUAUAUCAAAAUGAAGAUGAUUUAGAUAUCAAUUAUUUACAAUGGACAAUAACACUCUAUCUUGGCAAAAAUAAUGAAGUCUAUUUCUACGAACCCAAAAAAGACAAAUCUUACAAAAUUGAGCAAUCAUUGGAGAAAUGUGUUGACAACUUCUUUGGAACAACUUUUGAUUAUGCCCCAAAAGACAAUAAGAUCUAUAAAUAUAACACAAACGAGAUCUUAGAUAUAACAAAGGAUAAUCAGGAUCAUGUCACAGGAUUUUUAAAGGACAUUUGUGCUAUGAAUAAACUUGCAACCAUCUUCAAGAAAAACAGCACCCCAAAUAUGUUAUCAAUCAUCAAUAAGUCUAUUGCAAAAUUAGAGAAGAUCUUAAACGAAUAAGAAAUUGAUUUGGUCUACGAUAUGAUGAGAAUUGCUCAUAAAAAACUCUCCAAAAACUUCAGAAAUACCUUUGAAAGCGAAGAUUUAUUCGGAUUGAUUUUAAUUGAAGAAGAGAAAAAUCCUUAAAUCACUACAACCAAAGAAUCUGCUUAAGUUUAGAGGAUAUUGAUGGAAACAAGAACCAGAAUGCUUAAUUAAGUUACUCAAACUAACUCGUCAAACUAUGUAAUGAAUGCAACAACUUAUUAAAUCUAUGUGUGGUUUGGAGUGUUCUUUGUAAUUGUGUUAAUUGGUAUCAUUUAUUCUAUGGUAACCAUGGAUAUUCAAAAGGAUACAUUAUUAUAUGCUAAGUUUUUAACAACAGAUCAAAGAAAUUGA